CAACCCCCCAAUCUCAUCUAACCGCCUCCAUACCUCUCCUCCUUCCCUCUCUCUCUCUCCCCCUCUCCCUCUCCCUCUCUACCCCCAUCAAAACCAUCCUUGGAAACCGCCUAAAAAGCCUAACCGUCUCAAACCCGGUUUUCCGUCCCCCAAACGGAGCGUCCGUAGCCCCGUGACGAGCGCCACCGCAAAACCGCUCAAACCCUAACUCUCACGCCCUUUCGAGCCCCCCGCCAUCUCUUCCCCAAACCCGGUUUUCCGUCCGGUUCAUGGAAUGACGGAAUACCGCUACCCCACGAUGAAUCUCUGGACGGAUGACAACGCCUCGAUGAUGGAAGCCUUCAUGGCUUCCGAUCUCUCCUCCUUCCCGUGGGCCCCAUCAUCAUCGGCAUCGACGACAGCGCCCCCCGCUCCCGCCGCAGCAUCUGAUCCAUCCAAAUCCCUUGCGGCAGCUCCUCCGUCGACCUCCUCCUUCCUCAACCAAGAAACCCUCCAGCAGCGCCUGCAAACCCUAAUCGAAGGGGCGCGAGAGAGCUGGACUUACGCUAUCUUCUGGCAGUCGUCCGUUGAUGUCUCAGGCGCCUCGCUCCUCGGCUGGGGCGACGGAUACUACAAGGGGGAGGAGGAUAAGCGCAAGCGUCGGUCGGUGGCACCAGCAACGUCUGCCGCUGAUCAGGAGCACCGGAAGCGCGUGCUCCGCGAGCUGAAUUCUCUGAUCUCUGGGGUUGCUACUUCUAUUGAUGAUGCCGUCGAUGAGGAGGUCACCGACACCGAGUGGUUCUUCCUUGUCUCGAUGACGCAGUCGUUCAUCAACGGCAGCGGCCUGCCUGGCCAGGCCUUAUUCGCCUCGGCCCCUGCAUGGGUUGCGGGCGGGGACCGCCUCGCCAGUUCAUCCUGCGAGCGAGCACGGCAAGCACAGGUGUUUGGGUUGCAGACAGUGGUCUGCAUACCAUCGGCGAAUGGGGUUGUCGAGCUGGGGUCGACGGACCUGAUCUUCCAGAGCUCGGAUCUGAUGAAUAAAGUUAGGGUUUUGUUCAAUUUCAAUAGCCUUGCGGCGGGCGGCACCUGGCCAUCGCAGGCUGAUCAGGGCGAGAGUGAUCCAUCGGCACUUUGGCUCUCAGAUCCUUCCGCGAUAGAGAUUAAAGACACUGUUGGGGGCAGUGGGUCCACCACUAUCCCAGACAUUUCGAAGUCGAUGCAGUUUGAAAACCCUAGCUCCAGUAGUUUAACCGAAAACCCUAGCUUGAUGCAGCAGCCGCAUCAGCAGCAGAAUCACCAAACACAGAGCUUCUUUACCAGGGAAUUGAAUUUCUCUGAAUACGGAUUUGACAGCUCCAUGAGGAGCGGUGGUGGCGGCCCCUCACAGAAUUGUAAGCCUGAAUCUGGUGAGAUCUUGAAUUUCGGUGAGAGCAAGCGGAAUUCAAAUGGAAUUGUGUUCUCCCAUCACCAGCAGACAGUAACAGAAGAUAAGAAGAAGAGAUCGGCAACAUCCAGGGGCAGCAACGAUGAGGGCAUGCUGUCUUUCGCGUCGGCGGUCUUGCCUUCUUCUGGUGUUGUGAAAUCCAGUGGUGGUGGCGAUUCCGACCACUCUGAUCUUGAAGCAUCGGUCCGGGAAGCCGAGAGUAGUCGCAUCGUUGACACAGAGAAGCGCCCGCGGAAGCGUGGGCGUAAGCCAGCAAAUGGCCGCGAGGAGCCACUAAACCAUGUCGAGGCUGAGCGGCAGCGGCGGGAGAAGCUCAACCAGAGGUUCUACGCCCUGCGGGCUGUUGUCCCUAAUGUCUCCAAGAUGGACAAGGCAUCCCUACUCGGGGAUGCCAUCUCCUACAUCAAUGAGCUGAAGUCAAAGAUGCAGAGCCUUGAAUCAGACAAGGAGGAAUUGCAGACUCAAAUCGAUACCCUAAAGAAGGAGGUUGCGAGCAAGGAAUCCCGGUACCCUGGGCCACCGUCUGAUCCUGAUCUCAAGAUAUCAAAUUCAGCAGGUGGCAAGUGCGUGGGCGUUGAGAUUGAGGUCAAGAUACUGGGGUGGGAGGCGAUGAUCCGGAUCCAGUGCAACAAGAAGAACCAUCCAGCUGCAAGGCUAAUGGCCGCUCUCAAAGAGCUUGACCUUGAUGUGCAUUAUGCGAGUGUGUCGGUUGUGAAUGACCUGAUGAUCCAACAGGCAACGAUCAAGAUGGCGAGCCGGAUGUACACUCAGGAGCAGCUCAGCGCUGCCUUAUUUGCCAGAGUUGCCGAGUCUCCAAACGGUAGAUAAAAAAGGCUUCUGUAGUGUUUGUUCCCUACAUGGUGUAGGAUGCUGGGAAAGUUUAUACGCUGGCGUUCUCUCUCUGUAUAAUAUAUUACAUGUUUCGAUCCCGUUAGUUGUUUUAGAGAUCUCAUGGAGUUUAAAUUAGGCCAGUUUUACUUGCAGAGGAGCUGCUGCUCACAUCGAUUCAGGAUGAUUCUUGAGAAGGAUCAAUCUCUUUCUAUUCAUUGAGUGGCUUGGACACGGUUGAGGUCUGCUGUAAAAUCAAUUGCAGCCUCCAUUUUUUUUUUUUCGUGUUUGUCUUUGUUUUCCUGUAGUGUAUAUAAGCUUGGCCCAUGUUUGGAUUGGGCAGACGGUAAGAUUAGUUGUAGCCAUGUUUGUGUGUAAUCAAUGUCUAUUUGCUUAGCAGAACACGGGUUUUUAUUAUCGGAAGUGGUAUCUGUGAUGGGGGGACUGUCGGCAGUCUAUGAUUUUCCAUAAUCUGUGGGAUUUAGAGCUUGUGUAGUGUUGGAUUACAAGUUCAGUAGAAUAAUCUCUCAAAUGUAACAACAUCCUUUGAAAUGGUUGAGGCCAUGUGUACAUGUACAUGAGCAUUUGAAAUC